AUGGAUACUAUAACUACACAAAAUAAGCAAAGUAACCGAUACCUGAAGCUUUCAUUGAAGAAAUCUAGACCGAAACCGACUCAAGACAUAAGUAAAGAAGCCAAGAAAGUAGAUGUUAUAGUACUUGACGAAUCUUUUGAUAGAUUACGAAGUGAUUCUCUUAACACUGCGGGAUCUAGUCAAACAACAUAUUCUCCAAUAACAAUCAAUGACUCUUGUGAAUUUUCAUUCAAUGAUGACUUGCCAAAAAUCAGUUUCAAUAACCAGGAACCCAGUAAAAAUGGAAAUAUCUCAUUCAACUGUUCAAAAGAAGAAACAUCACCAACGAAAAAAGCAUCACGGCCAAGCAUCGGCGGAUGGUCACCAGCACAGAACAUCAUUUGUGCCACACCCAGGCACGAGCCAACACCAUCAUCACCCAGAGACGUAGCCAACGAAUCACAUGAACAAUGUUCAUUGAAGAAAAUACAUUUAUCACAGAAGAAAAUACUUAACGAUUUAUACGGAGACCAAUGGAAAUCAAUACCAAAGUUGUUCAAAGCAAUUAAGGCUAAUUGUGAAAAGUAUGACACAAUAUCAAAAAAAUUACAAUUCGAUGAAGAUGACUGUGACAAGGAAAAUAUAAGAAAAGAUUUGAAACAGAAUAAAAUGUUGUAUCUGACAGAUUCUGAAGCUAAACGCAGAGUUGACUUGACAUCGGAAUCAGAAAAAAAGUCCAAGAAAAAGUUGUACACGGAAAAGGUGCCUAGUACACCGGAAGUCGGGAAGAUUAAACCUAGGAAUGUAGCUAGUACAACGAAAAAAACUAAAGUGAAUAAGGCUAUGAGUGUAACGGAGAUGGUGGAGGUUAUGAACAACGAUGUUGAUGUGUUAACGAAGAAAGUUAAGGAUGUUAGUGUUACACCUAUCGUUAAAGAUGAUACAAGACUUAGCUUUAUUGGAUCUUUGGCAGAUAAUAUACCGUCCUAUCGUUGUCACGUAGAAGCUUUACAAUACCAUGACAACUACAAGAAUUUGAAGGAACAGUUAGCUCGAAGACUCUUUAUAGAAUUCAAUAAAAAUGUUUUUGACAACGCUAUGGAGGCUGACCUACCUAUAUUAUGGGAUCCAAGGUUUAGAACAACUGCUGGUACAACGACAAACCGUAUGAUAAAGAACGCACACGGUGUAAGUAUAAGGACCUCCACUAUAAAAUUAUCGACGAAGGUGCUGGACGGACCUCAGAGGUUAAGGGACACUCUCAUACAUGAGCUGUGCCAUGCUGCUACAUGGCUCAUUGACUUCGAGCUCAGAGCUGGACAUGGACCUUUGUGGAAUAAAUGGGCUAAGCGAGCUCUCAGCGUGUAUCCAGAGCUAGGCGAGAUAUCGAGAUGUCAUGACAUGCAAAUACAUUACAAGUAUUCGUACAAAUGUACCAAGUGUGGAUACAGUGUAAAUCGUCACUCGAAAUCUAUAGAUAUAACGAAAAAAUGCUGCGGCUAUUGCCACGGAAGAUUUGAGCUGGUCCUAAACAAAAAGAACAAAGAUGGCGUCGUCGUUUCGACUCGCGCCAAAAAGCCAAAUUAUCAAGAUUUUUCAAUGCACGUCAAAGAAAAUUAUUCUAAAAUCAAUGACGGUACGAGGACUUACGGAGAAGUUAUGAAGAUAUUGACUGAACCGUUCUUAUGA